UAUAGAGAGAGAGAGAGAGAGAGAGAGAGAGAGAGAGCAACCAUUAAUGCUCUGUGUUUGCUCACACUAUAUAUCUCUGCUUCCUCUUGGAAACACAAAGAGAGCAAGUGACCAGCAAGAAGGACUGAAGGAGAGUUUAUUGCAGUGUUUUAACAGAGAAGAGCAUAAAUAAAGAAAUGGGCAUUUUGUAUGAGGAUGCAGUGUUGAUAAAGGAGGCUGAGAAGGCAGGUGAUUACACUGUGAUUACUGUCAAUUGCCCUGACAAAACUGGGCUGGGCUGUGAUUUGUGUAGAAUCAUCUUGCUGUUUGGUUUGAGCAUUGCUAGGGGAGAUAUUUCAACAGAUGGGAAAUGGUGUUACUUAGUUUUCUGGGUUGUUGGGAAGCCAACAAGAAGGUGGGAUUUGUUAAAGAAUAGGCUUCUGGAGGUUUGCCCUAUCUGUUCACCGGCUGCAUCAGAAAUUUACUAUUACAGGCCAGAAUUUCAGCAGCCCAAGUCACCAGAUGUGUUCCUAUUGAAGUUCUGGUGUUACUAUGAUCCAAAGGGCCUAUUACAUGAUGUAACCAAAGUUUUGUGUGAGCUUGAGCUUACGGUAAAGAGAGUUAAGGUGUCAACGGCUCCUGAUGGGAGAGUAUUGGAUCUCUUUUUUGUCACAGAUUCCAGAGAGCUUCUUCACACUAAGGAGAGACAGGAGGAAGCGACUGGUCGUUUGAAAGCUGUGUUAGGGGAUGCCAUGAUAAGUUGUGACAUCGAACCAGCUGGCCCAGAAGUUGCCACAUGCUUGCAAGGGUCCUCAUUUCUCCCUUCAGCAAUUAAGGAAGAUAUUUUCAGCUUAGAACUGCCCAGUAAACACCCAAAUAGUUUUCGCACCUCCACCCCUGUAUCUGUUACGGUGGAUAAUUGCCUUAGCCCCUCUCACACCCACGUUCAAAUCUUCUGCCAAGAUCACAAAGGUCUCAUCUACGAUGUGAUGAGAACCCUAAAGGAUUACAACAUCCAGAUUUCUUAUGGUCGAUUCUUCAAGAAUCCAAAAGGGAACUGUGAGUUGGACCUGUUCAUAAUGCAAGUGGACGGGAAGAAGAUAGUAGACCCCGAGAAACAAAAUGCAUUGUGCUCUCGGCUGAGAAUGGAGCUUGAUCGCCCACUCCGGGUCGAUGUAUUGAGUCGGGGCCCUGACACCGAGCUACUAGUAGCAAACCCCGUCGAGCUAUCUGGCAGAGGCCGACCACUUGUUUUCCAUGACAUAACCCUCGCGCUCAAGACUCUAGACGUACACAUUUUCUCAGUGGAGAUAGCGAGACACAUGAUUCACGAUCGUGAGUGGGAGGUUUACAGGAUCUUGCUCGACGAUGGAGAUGGUUGUCCUCUGCCCAGAAAUGAGAUCGAAGAGUGUGCUACAAAGAAGUUGAUGGGUUGGGAAUGAAUCGUGUGGCCACAGUUAUCAGGGAAAUUAGUUAGUUUAGGCUGCCAUUGUACAGUACACGUUUUCUUCCCCAAGUGACUCUAUUCUGUUGAGGGAAUGGAAUGCUAUGCAUUGUUCAUCUCAUCACAAGCAAUUCUAAUUUCGGCUAUCAUGUCCUGACGGCCGGCUCAAGGCAUAGGCCACUGUUGGGGUGGGGGUGGGGGGGGAAUUGCUGGCCAGAAGCUUCGCUGCUUCAGGAGACUGGCCAAUGGUAGUGGAUGCUGGGAUAUGGUGAAGGGAGAUUGUUUGUGUAUUCAGUGGUUGUUGGCUAUUGAUUCUGUAGUUUUUGUAGUUGUCAGCUGUUGAUAUUUGAGAUGCUGGGAUACUGUAACGGCAGCAACUUUAUGCCCUCGCCAAAUGAUGACUACAGCAAGUGGUAACAAUAGAUCAAAACUGAGCUCUGAUACAAAUUAGUGUAGGACCAAAAGAAGAUCGAUGAAGAAGAGAGAGAAUGGUAAGAAAAUAAUGAGGGAAGGGUAUAUGCCAAAAGCAGAAGAAACUGAGAAGAGUUGCAGAGGAGAGACAGGCAACAGUUGAGAGGAAGAAGAAAAAGAAACGGGGAAGAAUCAGAGAGGGGGAAUACCACAAAAAAUAAUCCAUAUUUGAUAUUCAAUAAUCAAAAUCUGAAUAAUCACCACACUUGGGGAGGUAUUUAUAUACAUAGAUACCUCCCAAGAGGAAGGAGACGGUGACGGGCGCGCAGUCGUCGGUUGAAGUUCACGCACACCCAGGCUAGAGAAAGAGAUGCUCGUGUCGCUGUCCGCUGCUGACACUGCCUGUCGGGCGUCAGACUGCCUAGGAUCCCAACAACCCUUGAGCCGGCCAUGUGUUCUGUUGUUUUAAAACUUAAAUAAGUAGAAAAAGAAACAACGCUCAUGCGCCAUGUGCUCGGGUCACAAGCUAGGUAGAGUCGCGCUCAAAUGAGAACUAAAAAUCUCGAGUUUGAGGGUUGUGUCUAUGUGCUUGACAAAAGAUUAAGGGAUAA